AUGUUGAAGCAAGCAAAAGGGAGUGACGAUGGAACUCAAAGCAUAGAAGAACUUGAAUUCAAACUUGUUGGUGCUUUGGUUAACAGAUUUUUCCUCGUACUUGAUGAUGUAUGGAGCGUGAAUGCGUGGACAGAUGUGUUGAGGAAUCCCAUCCUAAAUGCAAAGUCUAAUGGCAUAAUCAUAAUCACGGGUAGACAUAAAACGGUUAUGGAGGACUUGAUAGCCAGCUACAUCCACCAUGUUCAGAGGAUGAACAAAGAUGAUGGAUUGGAAUUAUUUCACAAGGUCGUAUUCGAAGACGAGAAGAACGAGGACCCUGACCUGGAUGAAAUGGCGGCUAAAAUCGUUAGCAAAUGCGAUGGGCUCCCUUUGGCAAUCAAGGUGAUAGCAGGAAUGCUAAUUUCGAAGAAAAGGACAAGGAGAGAGUGGGAAAGAGUCCUGGAAAGUGAUCUAUGGAGAAUGAGAGACAAGGAGGAUGAACUGCCAGCAGCUUUAUACUUGAGCUAUGAGGAUUUGUCAUCCGUUCUCAAGCAGUGUUUCCUCUGCUGUGCUUCUUACAUUGGCAUAUCAUAUCGCACUGACCUCGUCCGGCUUUGGAUUGCUGAAGGCUUGAUCCACGUGCUAAAUGGUGGAUUGAUGGAAGAGGUGGCAGAGGAUUAUUACAAAGAACUAGUUAUGAGAAAUCUUCUUCAUCUCGAUCCAAGAUAUUCAGAUGAGAUUCGCUACUCCAUGCACGACCUUUUGCGAGCACUCGGUACUAAUUUGAUCGGAGAUGAAGCACUUGUAAUCAGUGAUGGCCGAGUUGCAGACACGAACCCAAACCCCUUAACAAAGAUUCGUCGACUGUGGAUGUCGAGCAAAGGAGACACGCUAAGGCUUCCUGGUGCAGUUCUUGAGCAGAAGAGUCUGAGAGUCUUGCAACUUUACGAUUGCCCUGAAACAAAGACAAUCGAAGACGAGGCAGCUGCACUCCCAGCAUUAAAGAAUCUUCGAGUGCUGGAUGUGUGCGAUACGCAGAUUGAACGUCUUCCAGAUUUCAUUUUCACGAAUCUGUUGCUUCUGAGAUACUUGGACCUUGACCGAACGAUGAUACAUGAGAUACCUGAAUCCAUAGGGCGCCUUGCGAACCUGCAGAUUUUGAACAUCUCCGGGUGCACGUCACUGCGCAACCUUCCUAAGGCCGUCACGAGCUUGGGUAUGCUCAGAUGGCUGCGAGUUCGAGGAACACCGUUGGCUCAUUUGCCCAGAGGAAUGGGGAGCUUGACAAACCUUAAUCACAUGGAAGGAUUCGUCGUCGGCCAUGGUGAUUCGCCAAGCAACGCGGACGUCGGGUGUGACAUGGAAGAGCUGCGGUCUCUGCCCAAUCUCAGAUUUCUGAGCGCCUGUAAGCUGGAAAGGGCAACAUCAAUGGCCGGACCCUCGGUGCUCGAGAACAAACCACUUCUCAGGCAUCUGUCUUUGUUAUGGACGAAUCGAAAACAGGGAGAUGACGGCGAAAAAGAAGCGGCUGAGAAGACAUGCAGCGGACUGCUUCCUCCGUCGAGCCUGGAGGAACUUACUCUCCACAACUUCCCAGGCCGGCGAUUUCCCAACUGGAUGAUGUCAACGUCGUCGGGGACUUCGUUUCAUCACCUCGAAUUCCUGAUUCUCCGCAAUUUCCCGUGCUGCACGGAGCUCCCGCCGCUGGGGCAGCUGCCUCGGCUGAAAUUCCUGAGUAUCGAAGGAGCGUCGGCGGUAAGAAAGGUCGGGCCUGAGUUUCUCGGCGUCUGUUUCCCUCAAGCCGUGGCAUUUCCAAGACUCGAAGUCCUGAAAUUCAUGGGCAUGCCGAAUUGGGAAGAGUGGACGUUGUACGCUGCGUCCGAGGAGGUCGGAGAUAUACAAGAAAGAAGCAUGAAUCUGUUUCCAAGAUUGGAACGGUGCACAUUUACAGGCUGCCCAAAGCUCAGAGGACUUCCGGAGAGCAUCUACUGCGCCGCCAGACUGAAGACUGUCGUCGUUUCUACCAGCGAUCAGUUGAGUGAGGUUGAAUUCAGAAGGCGAGAGACAAUGGAAAUGGACGAUUGCCCUGAUUUGUUCCUCGCACGGGACUCGACUGAACUCCCACACUGGCUUUUGGAUCGUAUCGACAGGGAAAAGGACGAGAAGAACAGUGUGCUGCCUUCCCGUACGGUCAUCACGGUGAAGGCAAAUGUAAUCAUCAUUCAGCAAAAUCGACGAGUAGACGCCGUUUGA